ACACUCUUUUUUUCUUGUAAUUUUCUCAUUCUUCACGAAACCCUGUUCAAAGUACCUCAACUGCAACCUUGUUUCUGUCAUGAAUUCAUCUUUUGUUAUAGCUUCAUGUUCGCCGUACCGGAGGCUUCAAUUUUUGCAGUGCUCGUAGAUUACGUAUUCAGGUUAGUUUCGUUUUCGAGUUUUGGUUUGGUUUGGUUCAUUUAUUCUUUUCUAUUUGUACUAUGUGAAUCUGAUUUCCCCAGCACUUGUUACGGUGAUGUUUGUGGACUUGAAUAUUAUUUAUUUCUUUGAACCCCAUAUGAGGUUUUUCUGUCUCUCUAGGCGGAGACUUGCUAAUACCCGUUUGAUUCUUUGUUUGUGGUUCUGUUGACAUUUUCUUUUUGCCCGCAAGCUGUUUGAUGUUUGGUUUGAACGAAGGAAAAAAUAUUUUGUUUACAAAAAGUGAUACAGGUAUCUCGCUUUUAUUUGUCAUUGUUAGAUAAAAUGUUUAAAAUGUUGUACUUGAGUUGAGACUCUCCAAUCUAAUGAACUAGAAUCAAGGAAUGAGUUUUCCUCAGUCUUCACGUGGUUAAGUCCUAGAAGAGUCCCACUUCAUUUCCUGAAACCUCCACUUAGAUGUGCUCCUCAUGUCUCUUCUCUUAAGUGAACUCAACUACUUUAGGAAGCAAAUCAUAGUCCCCAAUGUUGUUUAGAUCCCCAUUUUCUUUAGUCUGGUUUCUUGUUGUAACUUUUUCAAUCAACUUAGAUAACAUCAUCUUGUUAAUAGAUGCAGAAUUCCUUAUAUCAAAUUUCGAAGGUCUUCACUUUCAUGAAAAACUCCCUUCGACUUCAUCUCUGCACUUCUUCAGUGGCUUGAGUAUUUAAUUGAAUUAAAUACUAUUUGUAUUAAAUUGUCAAUUUAUUGUCUCUAUAGAACGUAGUAGCUUGUCAUUUCAGUCUCAUCAUCACAUAUUGCUUGAGAUUGGGAAGUUGUGCAUCCUCAAUAAUAUAUGUCGGAGUUGUGGUAGUUGGUCAUUGGUGAAUAAUGAUUAUCUUCUAUAAUACAAGUUUGAUAAAGCCGUGCAACAGAACAUAAUUAUUAUUUAACAUUCUCCCGCAAGCUUGGUACAUACAAGCCAAGCUAAAAGUUUCUUCGUUUUUCUUUUACUUUAUGAAGUGUAGUCAGCACUUAUUAUUUUCUUUUUCAUAUAAGGAUAAAAAAAAAGCUACAGUCCUAAUAACUGAAUUUUCACUAAAAUAGACCAGUUCGGCCCAAUCUUAUGCCCAUGGCAUGAGUUCAAUAUUCUUAUGGUCUUAUUUGUAAACACUUACACAGAAUUAGUCCAUGGAUAUUUAAAGAGUUAAAUAGCUAAAGUAUCAGAACUUUUAGAAAUAACUUUUGCAAUUAAGAACAUGAUAGAAGCACAUGUGGACUGCCAAACUGCUUAUCAUCUAGGUAUUGGAUUUAAGUUCUGGUGUCUCGGUACAAUUUUAAAAAGGCCAAGAAUGCCCAAAAGGGAUUGUUUUUUACUUCCAUGGAAACUUUCCUUAAGUCUUUCUUCUUGCACCUGCAUAUUUUCUUCUUUCACCCCAUAGUCAUGUGAAAAUGACCUAAUUACCCUUGACUAAAAAUAUUAAAAGCCUUAAUAUUUUGGAUUGUACAAUUUGGAAUGGAAAUUUGCACUAUCAAUUGUGCAAUCCGAAAUGUAAUUUAUUGUCUUCAAAAUUUUCUUUCCGGAUUGUACAAUUCUAAAUGUGAUUUGCAUUUUGGAUUAUCUUUCAAAUUUCCAUUGCGGAUUGUACAAUCCAUAAUGUAAUUUAUAUUUUGAAUUGUCUUUUAAAAUUACAUUACGGAUUGUACAAUUCAGAAUGUAAUUUGCAUUUCGGAUUGUCUUUCAAAUUUGUAUUAUGGAUUGUACGAUCCGAAAUGUAAAUGUGCAUUAUGGAUUGUACAAUUUGAAAUAUGUCAAAUUAAUCAAAUUAAUAUUUUUGAAUUCUGGAUUGUCUAAUUUGAAAUAUCUAUGGAUUGUACAAUCUGUAAUUAAAAUAAGAACAAAAUCUUACGUUAUCCUUUUCUAUUAAUCUUAAUAAGGGUAUGAUUAGAAUUUUAGAAAAUAUGGCGUACAUCAAGAAAACAUGGGUUGCAGGAAGAAAUUUCCCUUCUCUUAUAUCUCUGAGCACCUCUAUAUGAAUUUGUGAACUGAAAAAUGAAAAAAGAGUAGAAACUCAAAAAUGGCGACAAUGAAGCAGCUUGAAGGAGGAGGGAGGGAGGGAGAAAGCCUCUACCCAAUCUCUUCAACCAUCGUAAAUGAACAGAUCAGGCUUCUGACACAAGGAAUCAGAUUGGAUACUCAGAUUGCUAGUAUAUAAUUUGUAUUGUUGACUUGCUUUCUUGGAUUGGGUUCUCUUGUUGGAUCUGACCAUAGUUGUACAGGGAAACACUUUUCAAAUCUUAAACAACUAAAUGACUUCGAUAACUUCCCAGUUCUCUUGGGUGCUUUCUAGUUCCUCGUCGGUAUUGGUAGCUAAUGAUAAAAGUAAUAAUGUGAGACAUGCUAAUUUCUCUCAAAUCCCUUCCUGGUUCUCUUUGAAAAGCAGUCCUUCUUCAUUGAGGACCAAUCCAAAUAAACAAGGUGAAGUUGAAAAUUUGCAUUUGAUUUCUUUGACCAAACAAGGGAAGCUUAGAGAAGUGCAUGAAUUCAUUGAAAGAAUGGACAAAGAGGGUAUUUCCAUUAAUCCCCAAUCUUAUGAAUAUCUCUUUAAAAUGUGUGGAACGCUGAGAGCAUUGUCUGAUGGAAGAUUAUUUCAUAAUAGACUGCAGGGAUUCUCCAACAGCAAUAGAUUCAUUGACAAUUGCAUCCUCCACAUGUAUUGUGACUGUAAAAGUUUCACAGCUGCAGAGAGAUUCUUUGAGAAAAUGGUUGAUCGGGAUUUGUUCUCUUGGGCCACCAUUAUAUCUGCUUACACAAAGGAAGGGCAUACAGAUGAAGCUGUUAGAUUGCUCUUGCAUAUGCUGGAUUUGGGGAUUAAACCGAACUCCUCUAUCUUCAGUACACUUAUUAUGUCCUUUGCAGAUCCUUCACUGUUAGACCUUGGCAAACAGAUACAUUCUCAGCUGAUAAGGAUAGGGUUUGCUGCUGAUAUUUCUGUGGAGACAUUGAUCUCCAAUAUGUACGUCAAGUGUGGGUGGUUGGAUGGUGCUGAAGUUUCCAUUAAUAAGAUGACUAGGAAAAAUGUUGUUGCAUGCACCGGGUUGAUGGUGGGUUACACUCAAGCUACAAGGCACAGUGAUGCUAUGUUGUUAUUUGCCAAGAUGAUAGGUGAAGGUGUAGAGUUGGAUGAAUUUGCCUUUUCUAUAGUGCUCAAGGCUUGUGCUACUUUAGGAGACUUAUACACCGGAAGGCAAAUUCAUAGUGUUUGUAUAAAACUUGGCUUGGAAUCUGAGGUCUCUGUUGGUACUCCACUUGUGGACUUUUAUGUUAAGUGUGCAAGAUUUGAUGCUGCACGUAGAGCUUUUGAGACCAUAUGUGAACCUAAUGAUUUCUCAUGGAGUGCUUUAAUUGUUGGAUACUGCCAAAGUGGUAGAUUUGACACUGCUCUAGAGGUUUUUAAGACAAUAAGAAGUAAAGGAGUGUUAUUGAAUUCAUUCAUCUAUACCAACAUUUUUCAAGCAUGCUCUGCUGUCUCAGAUUUGAUGUGCUGUGCUCAAAUCCAUGCAGAUGCGAUAAAAAAGGGGCUAGUUUCGUUCCUGUCUGGGGAGAGUGCUAUGAUCACUAUGUACUCAAAAUGUGGCAAAGUGGAUUACGCACAUCAAGCAUUUUUGACAAUAGAUAAACCUGAUACUAUUGCCUGGACUGCAAUAAUAUCUGCUCACGCUUACCACGGCAAAGCUUCUGAAGCUUUGGGUCUUUUUAAAGAGAUGCAGAGGUCUGGUGUAAAGCCAAAUGCUGUCACAUUCAUAGGUUUGUUAAAUGCUUGUAGCCAUUCGGGUUUAGUUAAGGAGGGGAAGCAGUUUUUGGAUUCAAUGAGCGAUGAAUAUGGUGUGAACCCAACAAUUGAUCAUUACAAUUGCAUGAUUGAUAUAUACUCUCGUGCUGGAAUGCUACAGGAGGCUCAUGAGAUGAUAAGGAGUCUGCCGCUUGAACCUGAUGUGAUGAGUUGGAAAAGUUUAUUGGGAGGAUGUUGGAGCCAUCGGAAUCUUGAGAUUGGGAUGAUUGCAGCUGACAAUAUCUUUCGGCUGGACCCGCUAGACUCUGCUACUUAUGUGAUCAUGUUCAACUUGUAUUCUUUGGCUGGGAAGUGGGAUGAGGCAGCCAAAUUUAGGAAGAUGAUGGCUGAAAGGAACUUGAGGAAGGAAGUCAGUUGCAGCUGGAUUAAUGUGAAGGGUAAAGUCCACCGUUUUGUGGUAGGUGAUAGACACCAUCCUCAAACAGAACAAAUAUACUCAAAAUUGAAAGAACUCAAUUUUUCUCUGAAAAAGGAUGGGGAGUACCUUCUCAACGAAGAGGAUGCUCUAUCUGACUUUACUGAACGCAAAGAGCAGCUUCUUGUUCAUAGUGAGAGACUGGCUAUAGCCUAUGGUCUCAUGUGCACCGCAGCAGAGACCCCCAUUAUGGUAUUCAAAAAUACACGAUCAUGCAAAGACUGCCAUGAUUUUGCAAAACGAGUCUCAAUGGUAACUGGUCGUGAAUUAAUUGUGAGAGAUGCCACCAGGUUUCAUCAUAUUAAUUCAGGGGAUUGUUCUUGCUGUGAUUAUUGGUGAUUUCAGCUUAGUUUGUUUAAAGGUCUUAUCGGGAUAAUUUUUCUUAAUGCUGCAUCAAUUACAGUAUGGAAUCAUCUAUAAUUUUAUAUUGAUAAUUGGAUAUGCAGAGCUUGUGUGGGGUUACUGUAGAUAAGGCAUCAUAAACCACUGCAUUGUACAAAUCUCCUUUUUGUACUGUAGAUAUGCAGAACUUUGUCACCCUUCGUGUUAAUUCAUCUAGGUCGACAGCUGGCUUUUUGCAAAAGUUGUCGGAGAAGGACUAUGCAUUAGUGCUAUCACCAUGAGAUGCCUGAAAGUCUUCGAUCUCUAUGGUAGUUAUUGAUUCUAGUCAAUCCAAGAGGCAUGAUAUGCAUGUGAAGACACUAGACGUUCAAGGCUUUAUAACAAUCAACACAGUAAUAAAUGUGUAAUAAUAUCAACGGUAAAUACCUCGAAAUAGUUGUUUAUCUAUAUUAUUUUUAGUGAAAUUAGUAUGAAUCUUUAAAGAUGAGGUUAUAUCAUUCUUAAUCUUGGUUUGAUUGUUGUUUCGGUAUGAUAAUUAGUUUAAGUGCGUCUUAUCACUUGGUGGACUAUACUAAUUAUGUUUCGGUCUUGUUUGGUCCUUCUCGUCAAAUUUGAACCUUGUUGAUUUGUGAAUUCAUGUUACAGAGAAAUUGUGGAAGCUAUUCUUGUUAGUUUCAUGUUUAUUGCUAAUAUUCAUUUAAAGGUUGAUUUCAUCU